AUGACAUCACAGUCUUCAGCGAUUCAUCGACGUAACAGUGCUGCUGUUCAUCCAUUUCCGAAUCCUUCGACAGUUGUCAUUGUCCUUGGUGCUCAAUGGGGUGAUGAAGGAAAAGGUAAAUUGGUCGAUUUAUUGGCAUCGGAAGCCGAUAUUGUCUGUCGUUGUCAAGGUGGUAAUAAUGCUGGUCAUAGUGUCGUAGUCGACGGAGUCGAAUAUGACUUUCAUAUGCUUCCGUCUGGCUUCCAUUUACAAAAUUGCGUGAAUAUUAUCGGUAAUGGAUGCGUCGUGAAUUUGCCUGAAUUAGUUGAAGAAAUAAAGAAAAAUGAAUCUCGUGGUGUCACUGACUGGUCUCGGCGAUUGUUUAUUUCUGAUCGAGCACAUUUGGUUUUCGAUUUUCAUAAACAAACCGAUGGAUUAAUCGAACGAGGGCGCGGCACUAGUAGUCUCGGCACAACUAAAAAAGGUAUCGGACCAACAUAUUCAUCAAAAGCAACACGUAAUGGUAUUCGUAUGAUUGAUUUAAUGGGUGAUUUUGCCAUCUUCGCCGAAAAAUUACGUAACCUUUUCAAUUAUUAUAAAUUAACUUUUCCCGAUUUGGAAGGUGACAUUGAGAAAACAAUUGAACAAUUCAAAGCACUUGCUGAUUAUUUCCGUCCAAUGACUAUUGAUACGAUAGCUUACUUGAACCAAGCUAUCAUCGAUGGUUCGAAAAAGAUUCUUGUCGAAGGUGCUAAUGCUACAAUGCUUGAUAUUGACUUUGGAACAUAUCCAUAUGUGACUUCAUCAAAUUGUAGUGUUGGUGGUGCAUGUACAGGCUUAGGUUUACCACCAAAACAUAUUGGCGAUAUUUAUGGUGUUGUGAAAGCUUAUACAACGCGUGUUGGUGAUGGUGUAUUUCCUACUGAAUUGAAAAAUGAAAUUGGUGAACAUUUACAAACACGUGGACGUGAAUGGGGUGUUACGACAGGCCGAAAGCGCCGUUGUGGUUGGCUUGAUUUAGUUCUAUUGAAAUAUACUAAUAUGAUCAACGGUUUCACAGCAUUAUGUUUAACAAAACUUGAUACACUCGAUGAACUAGCAGAAAUCAAAGUGGCCACAACGUACAAAAGAAAUGGAGUCGAACUUCCAAGUUUUCCUGCAUCAGUAGAUACGAUGCAUGAUAUCGAUGUUGAAUAUGUCACUUUUCCUGGUUGGCGUGGACGAUCAACAUCCGAAUGUCGCACGUUUAACUCGCUUCCACACAAUGCAAGACUUUAUGUUCAAUUUAUCGAACAGUAUCUCGGCGUACCAGUUAAAUGGAUCGGUGUUGGUAAAGAUCGCAUGGCAAUGCUAAAAUUGAAUCGAAAUGACAUUUUAUCAACAGAACGUGAAAAAAGGAUUAUGUUUGUAAUGCGAAUUAAUAUUCAAACUCUUCUAUUCGACGAUUGCACACACGAAAAUAAUCAUUUCAUCAUUAUGUCAUUUCAAUUUCUAAACCUAAACAUUAAUAAUCAAGUCAUCCCUAUCACACCAUCACUAUCGCCUUCUUCUUGUUCUCUAGCUGACAGUGAUUUCAUUCAUCAGCGGCAUGUUCAUUCAUCUGCAACAACAUUAGAUACUGUCGAACAUCGACGUGCAUCUAUCGCAUCAGUUGUUCAUCCAGAUCCGUUAGGUCCUGUCGCUCCUAACGAUGAAGUCACAUUGAAAAGGCAUCUCGGUCUAUUUUCUGGUGUUUGUUUCAUCAUUGGUAUCAUUAUUGGAUCUGGAAUAUUCGUAUCGCCAAAAGGUGUACUAAGAGAAACACAAUCCGUUGGUCUAUGUUUAGUAAUAUGGAUGGCAUGUGGAUCAGUAUCUUUACUUGGUGCACUCUGUUAUGCAGAGAUUGGCACUGUGAUUCCACGUAAUGGUGCAGAAGUUGCCUAUAUGAAGGAAGGCAUUGGCUCAUUACAUGAACGAACAGGUGAUAUUCUAGGCUACUUAUUUAGUUGGACAAACACACUUAUUCUCAAGCCAACAAGUAUCGCUGUACUAACUCUAACAUUUUCUCAAUAUUUUCUAUCUGGUAUUAUGGAUGACUGUGGACCACCGGAAGAACUUGUCAAAAUGACGGCAGUCUUUGCUCUUCUGAUGCUAAUUAACGUCAACUCACUAAGUGUAUCUGCAGCUAAUCGUUUGAAUAUUCUUUUCGUCAUUUGUAAAAUAUCGACGAUUGUAACAGUGAUCAUCGCAGGUCUUGUACGCAUUGGGCAAGGACACACACAGAAUUUACAAAAUGGCUUUGCUGGUACAACAAAUAAGCCACUCGGUGUCGCACUGGCAUUUUAUUCUGGUCUUUGGGCGUACGACGGUUGGAAUUCUCUCAAUUCAGUCACAGAAGAAUUAAAAAAUCCGAGACGGAACCUUUGGCUGUCAAUCGUCUUGGCUCUACCUUUUGUUAUGAUAUGUUAUCUGCUAACGAAUAUCUCUUAUUUUACUGUCAUGAGUAAAGGAGCAUUGCUCAGUUCAAACGCUGUUGCUGUGACAUGGGGUGAGACAGUACUAGGUCCUGCAGUUCGUGCUCUACCAAUUCUAAUUUCAAUCAGUGCUUUGGGAAGUGCGAACGGUAGUUUGUUCGGAGCUGCUCGGUAUUGCAUGGUUAGCUCUCAAUAUGGUUAUCUACCAGAAGUAUUUGCAUGUAUUCACUCGAGACGAUUAACGCCAGUACCUGGAGUUGUUCUACAGGGUGUCUUUGCUAUUGCUUUUUGUCUUCCAAGCAAUAUCGAUAGUCUGAUUGACUUUUUCAGUUUUGCAGCAUGGAUUUUCUAUGGAUUAACAUUUACUGCUACACUCUGCUGCAAAUUUACAAAGAAAACUGCGAACAGAGUGAUCAGCGUACCUCUUCCAUUAAACAUCAUUAUCAUAUUGAUUUCUGUUUAUUUGGUCGUUGCUCCAUUGAUUGCAGCUCCAAGUAUUGGAUUCCUUAUUGCUGGUGCCUUGAUCUUAUUCGGCCUAGUUUUCUAUUAUCCAUUCGUCUAUCGGAAAAUAGAAUUGACCAUUAUCACAAAACUCAAUGCUUUUCUCAUUACAUUCUUUGGAUUGAAACGAGCGCAAGUGAACAUUUAA